UCUCUCUCUCUCUCUCUCACACACACACACACAAGUUCAACUAAGAAUUAACUAUGGGAGCUAAAUUCAUGGAAGCUUCACUUUCACUCUCGUUCAUUCUUUUCUUAAACCUUUAACUAUAAGCUGGUCUCUCAAUCCAUCUGUCUCAAUCUCUACUGGUGGAUUUCAACAAACUCUAGCGGGAUGUAUUCAGCGGAUCGGGAAGACACUGCACUCCGGCAAGGAUUCAAUGGUGAAACUAUGGCCGGAACUUGCUGGGAAAGGAAGGUACUUCGAUUUCAGGUCCAAAAUCAUUCCAGCGUUCAUUGUUUUCGCCGAGAAAGAAUCUCCUCUCUGCACCACGCUAUGUAAAGAAGGGUGCAAGGUUCGAACUGUUGAGCACUUGCUCUCAGCUCUGGAGGCUAAGGGCGUGGACAAUUGCAGGAUCGAGAUUAAGAAUUUGGAUUCCGAGGAUGCAGAAGUUGAGGUUCCUAUUUUUGAUGGGUCAGCAAGUGAAUGGUUAAAUGCAAUAGAGGAAGUUGGUGUCACAACGGCCCUGGAUGAAUGUGGCGGAAGGGUCGGGAAAAUGGCACCACAUUUAAAUGAACCUAUACAUGUGUGUAAGAAUGAUUCCUUUUUGGUUGCAUUCCCUGCUCCAAAAGUGCACACCACAUAUGGAAUUGACUUUAAUCAGGUCUCUGCCAUUGGCUGCCAGUGGUUUUCUUCAGCACCUUUGGGUGAAUUUUAUGCUAACAAUAUUGCUUCUGCAAGAACCUUUUGUGUCUACGAACAGGUGGAGGUUAUGCGGAAAGCAGGACUUAUUAAAGGGGGCUCAAUAAACAAUGCUAUCAUUUGUAGUGCUGAUAAAGGUUGGUUGAACCCACCUCUUCGUUUUGAUGAUGAACCCUGUCGACAUAAGGUCCUAGAUCUUGUCGGCGAUCUGUCACUUUUUGCACAAUUUGGCAAUCAGGGUCUUCCAAUGGCCCAUAUUGUUGCUUUUAAGGGGGGCCAUGCAUUGCAUGCCGAUUUUGUGCGCCGCUUAGCAGGAAUAGCAUAAAUGGAAAAGAGCUUCUUUUGUACUCCUCCACAGAGAAAGUUGCACCAUACUAAUUUAAGUUGCCCGAGGGGCAAAGAGCGUGCUUUUGAAUAAAUGCCCCUUCUUUUUCUUAAGGAAAAAUUAAAAAAAAAAAACAUUUUGUUUAGUACAUAAAUCCCAGUGAUAAUAGUCUUAAGGAGGAAAUUUUUGCCAUUUGUUCAUGGCUCGCUCUUAAAUUAUUAGAUGUUUGGAAGAAAACUGAUAGUAGUGGACCUAGGAAUGGCACUAUACACUGCAUUCAUCUUUGUUUUCCCUGUAAAAACCGGCUGUUAAUCA